AUGCACAUCCCCGCAUACCACGGCGAGCACGACUCGGCCACCCUCGAGUCGUUCAUCAAGACCAACCCUCUCGGGCAGCUCACGACGGCCAUCCCGCUCGCAGGCCAGGAGACGAUCCAAGUCUCGCACAUCCCCUGGGUGCUCACUCCCUCCUCUGACGGGUCUGCGGCCAAGCUUCGGGGUCACGUCGCCCGCGCCAACCCGCAGAUCAAGUCUAUCCUCGCCUCGCUCGAGAAGACCGCGGGCGGCCGGACCGGAACGCUCGAGGACAAUGUGCUCAUCCUCUUCAACGCGCCCGUGCACUCCUACGUCCCGCCGCGCUUCUACCAGGCCACAAAGCCGACGACGGGCAAGACGGUGCCGACGUGGGACUACGCCGCGGUGCAAGUGUACGGCAAGCUGACGUGCUAUGGGUCGAACGACGACGAGUCGCUCUCCUUCCUAACCACGCUGCUCGACGACCUGACGCUCGAGAGCGAGACCAAGGCCGCCAAGCAGGACAAGACGGACACGCUGUGGACGACAGACGAGGCGCCCGAGUCCUACCGCAACAUGCUGAAGAAGGCGAUUGUCGGCGUCGAGAUUGAGGUGGAGCACAUGGAGGGACGCUUCAAGCUCAGCCAGGAGAUGAAGGGCGCGGACCACAGUGGUGUUGUCGAAGGAUACCGCGCCCGAGGGACUGCGGAGGGCGACGAGAUGGCGCGCAUGGUUGAGGAGCGCGGCAAACUCCGGGACGAGAAGGCCGCGGCCAAGGCGGCCGCUUAG